AGAACACUGUCAAGAGCGGAUAGAGCAGCAACGUAGGUGCCAGAAUCUGCACGGCGAGACACCGGAUCGCUUCUCCGAAUUAGAGGGUGGAGGCCAUGAUGAGCAUCUCGAUCACCACAAUUUGCUGUACUAUGAUGCCCCACCAGGAGGAGAGAACGGUUCUUCAUCUCCCUCCAAGAAUAUUCAGGUCCAUCUUCGCAGCCAGACUGGAGCAGUAGAGGAUCAAGAUGGCAACGAAAUAUCCAGCAAGGAGAUGGCAGAGCACCAUGGCAACAUGAUGCAUAGCCUUACAAGUGCUGAGGGGCAAGAUGAACUCGGACGCAAUCAAAAUCCGUUUUUUGAUGAAAGCAAAAGUACAUCAUUUUUUGAAGAGGAGAUCAUACGGUUGCGAUCUGAGGUCAAUCUGCUGACAAAAAGCAACAUCGAUGCCCGCAAGCUUAAAUACGCAGCAGAGCGAACCACCAAAGACCUAAGGGCCGCCAAUGACAAACUCAAAGUUAUGCGUCCUUCAGGAAAAAGUAGACGUAGGAUCAUGAUCAUUAGAGGAAUCCUCUAAGAGGAUGUCAGUGUAAAAUAGAAGAUGUUGAUAUCAGGAUCACUACAAACUAGAGUACUCCAUCACCAUCACUUGAGUAAUUCAUCCGAUAAUAAAGGCACGACAAUUACUUAUAUUUAUAGUAUACUAACACUAACAGUACAACUGGUGGCUGGUGCUUAUCUUUGUACUAGUGCUUUAGUCAUGAUGCUGGACUUUCCUAGAAAACCCGCCUCGACGCGUCAUCUUCACCCUCCUCCUGUAUGAAAUUUUCAUGACCGCCGAUGUAGAAGGUGUCGAAGCAAAGAGGAAACGGGAAGCAGAGUUGCAUGCGUAUGCGUCGAAAAAGUACAAAGAUGAAGCACGACGCCGCGAUCGCGAGAUUGAAAUGCUGAAAAAUCGCAUCAGCGUGCUUGAGACCGACAACAGGACAUUGAUGGAAGGGAAACAUCAACUUGAGGAGCGAACGCAAACGAGAAAAUUCAUGUCCGGUAGUCAACAACUACAACAUGAUACAACAACAUCAAAGAUUCUAGGCUCCACAACUUCAUCAUCGAGCUCUUCCUCCGGGACGUUAUUUGCUUCAUCAGGAGGUGGAGGUCACGGUCAGAAACAGAGGGACACACUUGGGACGCCAUUACCCGCAUCUUCCCAGAGAGGAGAGCAUCAAAGACGGAGUAUCAGCUGUUCAGGCACACGCCCGUCGUCGAAUAAGGCAACUUCUACGACAGCACGCAGAAGACAAGUAGAAGAAGAUCUGACUCCUGUACAAGCGACAUGCAAUGGCAAAGUAAAAAUGGCAUGGUCGGAUGGAGUCGGUAGUCGGGGACGAGCAGACUCUGGAACACCUCCGCGGCGACGACCGCCUUACGAAAGGGACGAAAACGAUGAACAUGAUGGCGGACGCGGAAUUGUUGUACAUGAACGUCAUCGUGCCUCGGAGAGCAGAAUUCCGCCACCGCCGAGGCAGCCGGUUGACAUGGGCUUUUUUCCAGAAAAAAGUGUCGAAAGGAGAAACGAACAUGUUGGACGGCAAGAGAUUUUUCCAGAUCAUGGUAAAAAUGGAGUUAAAAAUUCCAAUUCCAAGGUCAGAUUCGAUGAAACUGCUACUGUUAGUACACCUCCCAAAUGGUCCGACAUGCUUGGGGGCGACAGAGGACAACAGUCGACGAAUAUGGUAAGACGAGGUGAAGGUGAUCUUUCUGUGAAGACGGAACAAUCCCUCGCAACACCGGAGCCCCGCCUCAUCGAUCAACGGCAGGAAUCAAUGCAGUGUAUCGAUCUCAUCACGUCAAACGAGGCCACAAACUGCCAUCUUCGGGAGGAAGGAGAGACGAGCCAUAGUACAGCGAUUUCAGCUUCAGCUAGGACCACUAACGGGGGAAAAGGAAAUGAAUCUCGUCGCCCGCCAAUCCCAUAUGCACAAUCGCCGGCUGGCGCCACAGAAGCUCUCUUUCGAUCGAACAAAAAGCAUGAUUUUGUGCAGGCUUCCGGUGGAGGGGAAAUGAUGUACUUCGUACCAGCAUCGUCUGCAUCUUCUGCAAGGACGACUGCUGCUCCUACCAUUUCUGGUUAUCCAGCUUCAGGACUGAAUACAAGUACAUCAACAUCUCGCCAAAGCAUUAUACCUACGUCGUCGGGUCACAAAAAUCUUGUCUGUCCCCUGCCGAAUAGCGGCCGAGCCGUCGUCACGCAAGGACAAGGAACAGCCGUAGGAGAAAGUGGAGGAGUAUUUGCCAAUGCGGCGACAACUACAUCAUCUUCAUCUUCAGCGAGCAGUAAUUUGGCUGAUGCUCCUGCAAACCAAGGAGGCCUCUUGAAUUAUACGCCAAAUCUAAAGAAGCUUAAUAUGAAUCUAUCCUCGCCAAAUCUUCUGAAUAGUAUGAAGCAAACUACGAAUUAUAGUACUAGUUGUGCGCAAGUAGAAGUACAACAUCCUUACCAGCAAGUCCAGCAAGGAGUUGUUCAUGUCCCACCACAUCAGAAUCACUAUCAACUUCCCGCACACCAGCCGGCCGACCGACGCAAUUUACUCUUGAUCUCGCCGUUGCCUCCACGUGGUCCACCGAAUAAAGAGACUGCGAAGCAGGUCGAUAGACCAGCUUGGAUGCGUGUGCCGAUCCUACCAGCAGGUAGCGAAGAAAUUGGCUAAGACUUGACAACACCAAUAAAAAGUCGUUCUAACCCUACUAUGUGUAAGUAGUACAACUACUCGCUCAUGCAGCUACUUACUUUCAAACUCAAACACGAUAAUUGGCGCACGGAACAAGAACAUGGAUUAUAGGUUUUAGAGCCUCGAUCGACAGCAAUCUUCAUCACCUGGCACAGCAACUACUUACAACG